AGAAUGCUCAACCAAGAGCAAAACUCCAUCAAGAAGGUCCGUAAAAACUGGAAGGAUCACAUGUAUUCUUCAUGUGCCACGCCUCGAUCUUCCCCAACACACUUUGGUGAUCAAGUUGAAGGUGUUCAAAACCUAGAGGAAUGUAUGGAUCUUGACUGUUCUCAAGAGCCACAAGAUUGGAAGGAGCAAACCGCUAAAGCUCAAGGACUACAAUUUCGCCGGGAGAACAAUUGUUCCUUCAAAGUGACAAAACAGGAGAUCAUGGAUGAUCAGGAGGAAGUCGCUCAACCAAAGAAGGCUAGCUUUUUUGAAAACUCUGAUGUAUUCCAGAGCUGUUCGGAAGCUUCUUCCAGAGGAGGUUCUGAACCUGUUCAGCUGGUUUCUUAUCUCCAAAACGGAUCAGAAUGCCUUUCAAGCUCGGAGCCCAGAAGACUCUUUUUGCCGGCCUGCUCAGACGUCAAGCUCAACUUCUCCCCGCUGACAACCGGACCAUUGAUGCAUCAGUUCCCGCCGGGACCUGAAAUUAACAAAACAUGGACCACCGAAGAAAUUGGUAACUUUUUGAAGGACCAUUUCAAGAACACCACAACUUCAAAGCUCGAAGUUGACGGUUUGGAGAUCAUCGCAGAAUUUAAUCCGCCAACAGGACCGGAAGACUAUCCGACUUUCCAUGUUGCAUGCCAAAUUUGGACUGGGAAAUAUGCUACCGGGAUCUUUAAAAACGAUGUUUUUGAUUUCCGGAAUUAUCUGUUCAACCCAUUCUCGGUGGAUCACUCGAUUCCCCAGAUCGUGAUUCAAUCGAAAUCGGACUCAUUCUACAUGAACCAAAUGAAAAAGUCUCAUGGACCGGAUUACCCAAAAUGGUCCAAACUCUCGAAGGACGCCAAGAAGCAAUGGAGCACCUGGCGUAGUCAGAUGUACGAGGUGCAGAAGCGUCAGAUCACUGACAAGUUGAUCGUGUACCGGUCGGUUUGGGAGAAGAUGCAUGGUGUGGAGAAACCGGGACGGAGAUGUCCUAUGACUUUGGUCAAGGUGGAAAUUGACGAUGCGGAGUAUCCGGGGGAGGUAUAGAGUACCUGAUUAAUUUUAGGCUCUUUUUUGUAACUACCGCUAGGUUUACAACUCGCUGCUAUUUUUUUAUAAUUAUCACAUUUUUUCCUGAACCAAUUUUACAGCAUUCCUUUCACUUUUCAUUCCAUUCCCUGUUAAACAUCUCUGAUUUUGAAUUUUCAGCCCUUUUUUAAAAUUCCAUGAAAUCGGGUAUUUUUCCUGUAGGGUCCUGACAUGAUCUCUCAACAUUUGUUAUUUCAACUUUACUUGAAACAACUUUUAUUCGAGUUAGUUAAAGCAAUUGAAAUAAAGUCCGAAGAUUGUCUGAAAUUCAGAAUUCGCUGGAAAAAUUUCUCUAUAAUUUUCGCAGUUUUCAGACAUUUUUUGAGAAUUUUUCCAAUUGUUUCAACUUAAAUAAAAGCAAUUUUUAAUGUCAAGCAAAUGCUUUUCUAGGGUCUCCAUCAUUAAAUAUUAAUAAGAAUUCUUGAUAGAACCCUUGAGCACAUCGGCUUCUCCCUCUCCUUCACAUUUCAAGUUGAUCUCUUUGUAUCUUUUUUAUCUUUUUUCUCGCCCAAUUUUAGAUUCCCCCUUAUCUUCCCAACGUCCUUCUCUACGUGUCUUCAUUUUUUUCUACCGGAAAUUCAAACCUAACCGGGUGCUCACAGAUCUUUCCCAACUUUAUCCCAGUUUUCCCACUUUGUUUCAAAUUUUCAGAUCCGUUUUAAAAUUUUAAUAAGCUCAAUAAACUUAGCUUGCCAA